AUGAUGGAUGGUGUUUUAAAACGCAUCGAUUUCGCAAAAGUUCAAAUUGACCAGCAUAAUUCUGACAUGAUAGGACGAAGAGAAUUUAAUAUCAUAUUUGUGGAUAGUUUCAAGGCAUUUGAACGCAUCAAUCCAGCAAACAAAACAAUGAACUAUGACUUCAAUGAGUAUUACUUAAUUUUCCUUAAAGUCGACAACACAAAAGAAGACCUUCUUAAAAUUUUAGUCUACUGUUGGAAACACUACAUCAUCAAUGUCAGCAUAAUCGUUGAACAAUCACCUGAAGUUCUUGAUCUUUAUACUUACUUUCCAUUUUCCAAACUGAAAUGCCAAAACACUGAUCCAAUUGUAAUUAACCAAUUUAAAAUGGGUGCUCCAGCAAAUGGGAAUAAAAUUGAUGAUAUUUUUCCUAAAAAGUUGAAAAGUCUUCAAGGUUGCCCACUGACUGCUGCUUUAUGGAAUGUUCCUCCAUAUCUGAGAAUCUUACCUAAUCGAACUGGACUGGAAAAGUUCGUUGGUUUUGAGGGUGUUUUGUUAAGAGUGUUGGCUAAGAACUUGGAAUUUUCCUUGGACUACGUAAUUCCACCUAAUGACGAGGAGCGUGGAAAAAGAUUUCCAAAUGGCACUAUCACUGGAGCAAUGAAAUUGAUCAAAGAACGAAAGGCUGAUUUAACUCUUGGAUCGUUCAGAUACACCGUAGAUAGAGCAGACGUUAUGACAGCUGCUUUGCCAUAUUAUCAAACUUGGCAGAUUUUUACAGUUCCAAAGGCCUCUUUUCAGUAUACACCAAUACAAAUUCUAUUUUGUCCAUUUACCCCUCUUACUUGGUUAAGUUUGUUAGCUUUUGUUACAAUCUUAAUUUCCUUCAGAAAUUUAGCCAUCUCCUACCAUAGAGUUCUUGGGCCACUGCUCCUCGGAAUCACAGCAAAUCAAAUAGUUGCCAGCUUUCUCGGAGCGUCAAUAUCCAAAUUGCCCAACGGAAACUUCAUUCGAUACAUGUUAAUGCUGUGGAUCAUUUGUGCUUUUGUGAUUCGAUGUGCGUAUCAGAGUUUGCUUUUCAAACUCCUUCAAUCUAAUUUGAAUAAGAAACCACCAGAAACCUAUGAAGAACUCAUCGAUCUUAAUUAUACUUUCGUUAUGAACCAAGGCACGAUUGAUACUAUUAAUAGUAUGUUGAAAAAUGAGAACGGAAAAUUUCGAUACAUUAUCACUCAGAAUUCUUCAAAUAUGUGUACUUUCGAUUUUAUCGAAAAUGCUUCUGGAAAAUUCGCUGGAAUAUCACCAAUGGAUUAUUUGACAUAUUAUGCAAUGAUACAAUCGAAACGGGGCGUUUUUCAUGUUUUGAAUGAGAAAAUCAUCGCUCAACAUAAUACGUUAUAUUUUUCAAAACAUUCCUAUUUGAUUGAACGAUUUAAUGGGAUACUAAUGAAUUUACGAAGUUCAGGACUCAUUAAUUUGUGGGCAUCACAACAUAUGGAUUCAUCUUUUUUUGUAAAAGGAAAGAAUGACAAGGAAGCCUUGAAAUUUAAACAACUUAGAGGGACAUUUGAUGUAUAUUUGAUGUUUUUAAUAGUGGCUUUUAUAAUAUUUUUACUAGAGUUGCUCUCGAAAAGAAUUAAACUGAUAAGGAGGGUUUUAGAAUGUUUAUGUUAA